AUGGCCUUCACGUCCGACUUCGAGCUCAUGGUCGUCCCGGCGCUCGCACAUCGCCGGCUCCAGAACGGCAUGCAAAACCAAUCCAGUGACGGCGACGCAAUCAUGCGAGAUGAAGAUCACUCACCCCAAAGUGGCAAAGGGGAUAAUGGGGGGAAGGGUGUCGGGUUUCGCGAGCGCAUGGCCCACUUCACUUGGGCGAACUUCGCCUGCACGCAAUCCACAGGCGGCAUAACAAUACUCCUCUCGCAGACACCAUACCAAUUCCACGGGCUCCAGACGACUGGAGUCGUGGUCUUCAUCCUCAAUCUGGUGCUCUUCCUCAUCUUCUGCGCAGCCAUGAUCACGCGAUUCGUGCUUCACCCGCACAUGAUCAAGCAUUCCUUCACGAAUCCGCCGGAGCCGUUGUUCGUGGGUUCCUUCAUGCUGUCGAUGGCGACUUCCAUUAUCUGUAUGGAGCGCUUCGGGGUCUCGCACACCGGCGUGUGGCUUGUGGUCGCCAUCCGCGUCCUCUUCUGGAUCUACGCCGCCAUCACGCUGCUGUACGCCACGAUCGAAUGGGUCGUCAUUUUCGCCGCGUCGCCGUUCAAGCCGAUAAAGAUGAACCCGGCCGUAUUCCUGCUAAUCUUUAACACGAUGCUCACUGGCACCAUUGCGGCCUCCAUCGCCGGUUCACAGCCGCCCUACCACCGGCUGCCCAUCCUCGUCGCCGGCAUCGCGUACCAAGGUCUCGGCUGGAUCGUGAGCGUCCUGCUGCUCGCGUGGUUCCUCGGCAGUCUGCUCGAGAACGGUCUAGGGUCACCCAAUCUGAGGCCCGGCCUCUUCAUGCCCGUCGGCUCGGCGCGUUAUACCAUCGUAUCCCUAAUCGGAUGCGCGCGCUACAUACCGCCGGGCUACGGAUUCUUCGCGCGGUUUCCAAACGCGGUCGAGAUCCUACAGCUCGUGGCGCUGUGGGUGUCGAUUUUCCUCUGGCUCUUCACGUUCUGGCUGUUCGCCAUCGCCUUCAUCUCCAACAUCCCGGUCAUGUUCCCGUUCAAGCAUGGCCGUUGCCAGCCGCGCAUGAGCUUCACGCUGUCGUGGUGGGGCAUCAUAUUCCCCAAUGUCGGGUUCGCCCUCGCGACGGGGUAUAUCGGGGAGGAACUGCAGUCCAACGCCAUUCGGUGGGUGGCUACCGUCAUGACGAUAUUGCUGUUUGCUGCGUGGCUCGUGGAUCUGGUGCUGCAUUUCAAGUCCAUCUUCGCGGGGCAGAUCAUGUGGCCUGGUCAGGACGAAGAUGUGCCCAAGUCAGAUUAG